AUGGCUAAGGAUCGCAGUGCUGGUAGCCCGUUCGCUGCAUCAGAUCUUGACUUGGACGACGACGCCAAUCUUCUCAAACAAAAGCUUGGACAAGCCAUACGAGUCAGACUGGCGCUUCUCUCGGCUGGCUUCCACCCGAAGAUGGCUAUCAAUCGAUUCUCAGGCGGUAUCGAUUCAAAUGUCAACUAA